UCUGGUACACCAGCAUUAUUAGCUCUUUUAAUCACUAGCACAAAUUAUAUAAAUGCCUAUUUAAUAAGCGAAAAAGUACUUUAAGUACUUGAAAGUUGAAACUCUUACACAAAACUACUUAUAGUUGCUCGAGGGAAAGGCAACCAAAACUAUAUCCAAAUCAUGGACAUAAUUUGUGAAUUGAUCACUUGGCUAGCCACAGCACUUCUCCUCGCUUCCGCCAUUAUUAUCUGCAGGAAACUCAUCAUCAACACCACUAAACUCAAACUCAACCUCAUUCUAUCAACUUACAAAAGCCGCAGCACUUCAUCAAGUAUUACUACUACUACUACUCCUUCUUCUUCUUCUUCUUCUAGUCGGCUCCCUUUGGGAACUUUUGGAUGGCCAUUUCUUGGAGAAACCCUAGACUUCAUUUCUUGUGCUUAUUCAGACCGACCCGAAAGCUUCAUGGACAAACGUCGUAUCAUGUAUGGGAAAGUGUUCAAAUCACAUAUAUUUGGGAGCCCGGCUAUAGUUUCGACGGAUGCAGACGUGAGUAGAAGUAUUCUUCAAAGUGAUGGGAGAAUAUUUGUGCCUUGUUACCCAAAAUCUGUGACUGAACUAAUGGGGAAAUCCUCUAUCUUGCUCAUUAGUGGAAGCUUGCAGAGGAGAAUUCAUGGCUUGAUUGGAUCUUUCUGCAAGUCAGCAACUCUAAAGCAGCAAAUUACUCGCAAUAUGCAAAAAUAUGUUCAGGAAUCCAUGAGCAAAUGGGAAGAGGAUCGUCCCAUUUACAUUCAAGACGAAGCCAAAAAUAUUGCUUUUAGAGUGUUGGUCAAGGCAUUGAUUAGCUUGGGUCCUGGUCAAGAAAUGGAGUUUCUACAAAACCAAUUCCAGGAAUUCAUAGCCGGCCUAAUGUCUUUGCCUAUAAAACUCCCUGGAAGUCAACUUUACCGAUCACUCCAGGCUAGGAAGAGAAUGGUUAAGUUUAUUCAGAGAAUAAUUCAAGAGAAAAGAAGUAGCAAUAAUGCUAAUUCAGUUCCAAAGGACGUAGCAGAAGUUUUGCUAGGCGAUGGAAGCCAGCAGCUAAGUGAUGAUUUAAUAUCGGACAACAUCAUUGACCUGAUGAUACCAGGAGAAGAUUCCGUCCCAAUCCUAAUGACUUUGGCCAUUAAAUUCCUUUCAGAUUGUCCUUCCGCCCUCCAACAAUUAACUGAGGAGAACAUGAAGUUGACAAGACAUAAAGAAAAACUGGAAGAACCCUUGACUUCGAGUGAUUAUUUAUCUCUCUCUUUCACCCAAAAUGUGAUCACGGAAACUCUGCGACUUGGAAAUAUAAUAAUAGGAGUAAUAAGGAAAGCUACAAAGGACGUGGAGAUUAAAGGUCAUUUCAUACCGAAAGGGUGGUGUGUUCUUACAUAUUUCAGAUCCAUUCAUCUUGAUCCCGAUCUCUACGAUUCUCCCUACCAAUUCAAUCCCUGGCGAUGGCAAGAAAGGGACACAAAUAGUUGUAGUUUCACUCCAUUUGGAGGUGGGCAAAGGUUGUGUCCGGGGCUUGACCUUGCUAGGCUUGAAGCUUCGAUCUUCCUUCACCAUCUUGUUACGCAAUUUAGGUGGGUGGCUGAGGAUGAUUCAAUAAUCAAUUUUCCAACAGUAAGAAUGAAGAAGAGAAUGCCAGUGUGGAUCAAAAGGAGAAGGAGGAGACACAAUUCUUCAUCAUCAAAUUAAAGUAAAAUCAGGAAGGGGAUAGCUUUUGGUUGGUUUUUAAUACGAGUUUUACCCAAUUUGUCGGUCACAGUAAAAGAGGUAGCUAGUUCUGUUUUGACUGAGGAGUCUAAGCAGAAAAAUACUGGGCAAAUUUCUCUCGAAAAAGAAAGAAGAAAAAGUAUUAGGUAAAAUGCAACCACUAUAAUACUCCUAAUUAGCUGCAGCCAAAGAAGACAAUGUAAUGAAAAGGUCUGAAAUGACUCUUGCUUUCGCAAUGGCACUCGUGUGGUGUAGGCCAUUGAAAGUUUGAAACUAUAAAGCUUUUGACAUCUUCAUCUUCCUCUUUUCAUACACUUUUUCUUUUCCCCCUUUUGUGUACACAAAAUUUUUAGGAUCUAUACUUUGUAAUAGCGUCAAAUAGAAAAAGAUUACUUUAUCCCAAUUAAAUGAGUUUAACUAUAUGAACCAAUAGACGAACUAUAUGUAUUGAAUUGUACCACC